CGUUGUGCGGCGGGACGGAAGUUGUUUUGGGAGUACAAGUUACACCUUACAGCUGCUGAUGUGUUUUUUAACAACUAUUUAUAGGAGUGAAUAGCUAGUGAACAUCUCAUGGAAGAGCCCAUUAUGCAUUCAGACGGUCCUCAGGCUCUUCAAAACAGACUGCCGUCUCUUUAAGAACAAAGGCUCGUUGAGUCUUAGCGGCGACGGCUAACAUCUGAAUGCAUGGAAAUCUCAGGCUAACUGAAAUCAAUUAAUACUGUCACCAUGCCGUCUUACGAAGAAUGGAGAAAAACCAUUCACUUCUAUUAUUUCGUUAAAUUCUCCCUAAAUGUGUAUUCAAUGCUGUUUUCGUUGCUCGGUCUGUGCGUGUUCUGUAUCGGAGUGUAUGCAGAAGUAGAGAGGCAGAAGAAUCGCACCCUGGAGGGGGUGUUUUUGGCUCCUGCUGUGGUCCUCAUACUGCUUGGUCUCGUCAUGUUCACUGUGUCUGUGAUGGGUAUGGUGGGAUCCCUCAGGGAUAACAAGACUCUGCUGCACAUGUUCCUCUGUGUGCUGUGUGUUCUCCUGGCUCUCCAGGCUCUUGCCCUCAUCAUUGCCCUGAUCUUUGAGAAGACGACAAUCAAAUUGUUUCAGAAAAGUAUACGAGAAGGAAUCAAGCACUACUAUGAUGACUUGGACUUCAAAAACAUAUUGGACUACGUGCAAGAGAAGUUUUCUUGUUGUGGAGGAGAUGAGUACAAGGAUUGGGAAGUAAACCAGUACCACUUCUGCAAUGGCACGAGUCCUUUGGCCUGCGGCGUUCCCUACACCUGCUGCAUCCGUCAAAGUGUCGGAGAAGUUGUGAACACACUCUGCGGCUACAAAACUCUCAACCAGCAGCGUGAAACUUUAGAUGGCACAAUUCAUGUGCGUGGCUGUAUCCAUGCUGUGAACCUGUGGAUGGGGGACAACAUUGGAGCUACUAUUGGAAUUUGCUGUGCGGUUGGACUGCCACAGCUUCUCGGUAUUCUCCUGAGCUGUGUCUUCUGGAAUCUUUUGGUGGAGAUGAGCGAGUCUGAAGACAUGGUGGACUUCAAGAUCCUGAAACGUGCCGGUUAUAAGUACAGUGAACUGGACCUCUCUGGAGCUGGGUGGUGUAUGUGUUUACCUCGUGAAGAAGGCUACCUGCCUGUUCCUGUAGCAGAGCCUGACACCUGGGCUCCAGACCCUAUCUCUUUUGACCUGGAACAAGAACAGACCAAAAUAUCCUUUACACAUUCACACCUGAAGAGCCAAAUGGCAGAAUCAGGUAUGAACAUGGAUGAAGUGGACAAUCGAGCUUAAGAACCACAAAGAAAAAGAAGCUGCAUCUUAUUAUUUUUUCAUUUUUAUUUAAUUGUGAUUUGUAUAUAAAAAGUUCACACUGUGUUUUAAGAGCAAGUGAGUUAGUUGCACUACGUGUUGGUAAAAAUGUUUUUUUAGGCAUGAAAAAUGAAGGCUUUGUAAAAAACGUUUGAUGAUUGAUGGAAUCAAGGUAGGAGAUCUCAAACUGCUUGUAUUUAUCAAACUGUUAAGAACAUAUCACUCCAGAUGCUGUUUACACAAUGCAUUGGUUUUCACCAUUUUAAUUAAUUCUGUGUCUUAUGGGUCUUAAGGGAGUUUGCUUUAUUAGCCAUUAUAAUAGUAAUACAAUAUAAUAGUUAUAAGUUAUAAGGUGCAUAGAAAGGGCUCUAUGAAUUAAUUAUUGGCAAUCAGUUUUUUAAAUGUUUUUUUAAAAUGCAAAAUUUAGGCUUAUAUUAUCAUGACUUCAGGGAAAAUUGUAGCUUUUGAAUUUGUUAAAGAUUAUCAAUGUUGUAGAAAUGGAUGCAUUGUU